GAAUUAUUUGUUCGUAGUUACCUUUCUCAUCAGCAAGUUAUCGAGGGUAACAACCGAAACACAUUAGAAAGCACAUGCAACAUCUUCCUAUUCCAUAGCCUGUCACCGUGGCCACACCCAUGUCAAUAUUCCGCUCAUUACUAUUGUCUACUCUAUUGUGUCCACGCUGCCGUACAUACACUCCGUAUCACUGGAACAGAUAGAACCAAAUCUUCUGUGUUCUAUCGCUGGCUCUCGCCUGUUCUUCGAUGAGUUGUCAGUUCUGGGACCGCUGUCUCCGUUAGAGUUUCAUUCAGCCGGCACUAAUUAAGGCUUCUGCAGGUMGCAACAGUACCCUUAGGCCUGUUUGGCAAUGAAAACGGCAGUGAGAACAACUUCGUCUUCGAGCGAUGAUCCAAAUCACAGAAGCAACAACAGAAGUGAAGCCACAACAUCGAACAAUAAUACCCAUACUACUCCGACGAUUUGGCGGUCGACUUACCGCUACGUGUGGUUGUCCGGGAUUAUUGGUGUUGUCGGCCUCCAAUCGAUCACUCUCUUCAGAUUGACGAGUGGGUUUACGCUCGACGAAACCGGGACUCUUUCGAAUGCCACCAAUAACGCGUGGUCAGACCUUGGAAUCCCCGAAGCCGUUUUUCUUACCGGUGCCGCUUUGGACCGCAACAGAAGCAAUGCUGAAUCCAAGGCGUUCGCGGAGGCCCUGGACAAGAAGAGAUGGGACUUUCAACGGAGGCAAAAACUGCGAAAACGACUAGCUUUUCCUGGAAGCAAUAGAACGGCUCGUUUCAAAGAACGCAGCAGAAAAUUUCCUAUAAUUUCUUCGAGAUCCGAUGCUACGAAUGAAUCAUUGUCAUUACACCCUGUUGCCGCCGUUUAUAAUAACGAAAGCACCAAAACAUCCAAAGCAAAGGAAACAUGAAGAUUGCUUCCAACAAUGAAAGGCCUCUGAGCGGAAGCACGUGUCAAGGAAUUCAAACAAUURCAGGAGUCUAACUCCUGGACCGACAAUCCAUUCGAAGGGUGAGUUUUAGGUACGAUUGACAACAAAAUGGUGAUGCAGAAGAACAAAUUCAUAUAUGUACAAGGGCAAGCAAAACGAUUUGACGAUAAAACACUAUUCGUCACGGGAUCUUUAACAGUUUUCGGAAAUGUAGUCAAAAUCUCUAUGAGCAUAUCUUGUACAUAUAUUAUUAUAACCUUUGGUAAAGGCGUUUAUUAAUUUCAU